AUGGCGGGAACACCCUCCCGCCCAGAGAACGACGUUUUCUUCUCUUUGUCUUCUUCUACUCCUCAUGAAAUGUUCGUCUCGCGAUCUGCAAGUCAAGAGGAACGCUACGAACCGUCUCCCUUUCUCGUUUCUUCUACCUCUCCUCCUUCUUCCUCUUCUUCUCUUCCUCAUCCUUUCUCUCCUCCUCCCCUGUCUGGUCCGGCCGAUGCGUCGUCGUCUCUCCUCCACCCCUCUGGUCUGCCUUCUUGUCUCUCUACAUCGUGUUUUCCGUGGCAGUCGCCGUCGUCUGGCGUUUCUUCUCAACGGGUGUCUCCUGCGACUCUUUCCUCGCCUGCCGAGUUCCCUGGAGUCUCUGCGUUGCCGCUGUUUCCUUCCUCUGACUCGCUCGUCGCUUCGCCUCUCCCGCUCGCAGCUUCCUCUGCCUCCACGCCUCCGCGACCCCCGCCGUCGCUCGACGUUCAACAAGGCCAGCCUUGGGCGCCUCCUUCCGCGUCUUCACCCAUUUGCCUCUCCCCGCGAGCCGAGCCUCCUGCGGUCGCUUCUUCUCUCCUUCGUCGCUCUGCAGGUUCUCUUGCAGGCACUCCCGAAAUCGUGCACCUCUCGACGCCUUGUGAGUCUCUCGCUCCGGACCCCCGUCUCUCACAGUUUUCCUCACCUGCUUCCUCGUCUGCCGCGACAUCCACUUCUCCUGCAACUCUCCAGCCUCCUUCCCCCCCGGCCUCCUCUCCCGUACAAGCUGCUCCUUCGCUGGCUUGUUCUUCUUCUUCUCCGCCUGUGCUGUCGUGUGUAUGUCCAGCGGAGCUGUCGUCUUGGGCGUCCUGCUGUCGGGCCUGUCUGACUUGCAUUCAGUGUCGGAAGCAGCUGGCGUUUGAAGAGGAAACUGGCAGUGUCUUUCGCCGUCAGUUCCUCGAGUGCCAGGCGCUCCUGCUGCGGCUUGCCGGCACCGAGGCGGCGGAACGCGAAGCUGCUGAAGCUCUCUUCUUUCGCUCCGCGUCGCGCGCAGGCGUCCUCCUCGCCUUCACCGCCUUUGCGGUGUCUGGACAGACGGAGCGCGGCUUCGUCCUCUCCUGCAUCCACGCGCAGCACUGCGCUGCAGCGCACAGCACAGGCGAGGACUUCAAACACUCGCAGAUCGCGGAGAGAGGUCGAUCGCGAAGACGCAGAGGACAAACGAGGACGGCGCGCAGGCGGCAAGAAGGCGAAGGGCGGCCAUCAAGUAGAGAGCGACCCCGAGGCGCUGGCGGGGGGGAGACGAAGGAGUGCGAGACAGGCACAGCGAGUGAGGAGAGAGAAGAGAGACUCGGAGGUGGACGAGAAGAACGAAGAAGAGGACGAAGAACGGACGCAAACGGAGAGAACGCGCAGAGGAGCGGAUGCGAAAGAAGGACGCGAGACCGAGGCGAGGAACAGACCAAAAAUGACGCGUUUGAAAAGGGCGAGAGAGAAGGAGCCUGCGGUGGAUGUCGACCAUCUGACGGUCUCGCGGAGACGCCCCAGGAGAGAGCAGACGAACGGCAAAAGGACAGAGGCCCCCCCGCCUCUCCAUUCUCUCCUCAAACGUUUGCAGACGUGCGAGGAACUCGACGACAGGACGUUGGGCGCUGCUGUUCAGAGGCCAACGCAACUCCGCGUCGCGAGACAGCACCCGAAACAGCUUCUUCUGGCCCCUCAGGACAUACGCAGCUCGAGGGGAAGAGGCGCGCGUGCUCCCGUAGAUCCUUUCAAGAAGAUGAAGACUCCUUACAAGACAUGGAUUUCUCCGCCUACCUCACUCCACCUUGGGCCGCUCCCGUGAACCUCGUCGAAGUCGGUUUUUCUCCUUCUCGGUCUUCUCCCCAGUCUCCUUCCACCCUUCCGCUGGCGUUGUUCUGUCGCGAGCGCAGUGGACGAGAGUCUGUCGGCUCCGACGAAACCUGUUUGCCUUCUCUGCAGCUGCUGUGCGCAACCUUGCUGCUGCGGCGCGUCGUGACACCUCACUGGGAGUCUUUUCCUCGCUCUGAGAGACGAGCUGCUUCUUAUCUUCUCACGCAUGCACUGCUGCAUUCGACGGCGCUUGUGAGGCCUCACCUCCAUCGCGUAGUUUCUGCGGUUCUGCUUCGCCGCGCUCGUCCUCCCAGACUGCGGCGUCGUCUGCCGGCGACCGGUGAAGCCUUUAGAGACGCAGAGACAGAACUCGUAAACAAGCAGCAUUCCUCGAACUCCGUUUCUGAGCGAAGAACACAGACCUCGCCCCCAGCCUCCUCGGACGUUUCGCAGAGCGAGGAGACACGGCGAGACGGCGCCCACCGACCGCGCGGCUUCCGCGGAUGGUCCAUCGAGCCCAGUAGAGACAGAAGCGGAGAUAGGGGAGGAAACAGGGGAGGUGCAUGGAUUCACGAACGGACUCAAAUGUACAGUUCACCAGGAAGGAGUAAGGAAGAAGGCGGAAGGCCAGGAACAGGGGCGGCCGGCGGACGUCGAGAGGACUCCAGUUUCGAUGAAAGAACUCGAAGGCCGAGAGGAAAUGGAGAACAUGGAGAUCAGGGGGGAGACGCCGAGGCCGCCGCUGGGAUGGAGACAGACGGCUAUCAGCUGGCCAGAGACGAUUCGCUGAAACGCGAGGGAGACAGGCGAACUCGGGAGGGCGACUCGCGGGCAGGCGCGCGCCCAAUGGAGAUGUACAGCGAUGCAGAAGGAGCGUCAGGAAACGAAAAGAGCGGAGCAGACGAGGAAGGCGAAAGCGAGGAAGACGAAGACUGGAUACAGCUGCGUGUUCAUGUCUUAGUUCUACUUCGGUUGUCGUUGGACGCGUUGCCGGCGUCUCCGUCUGAGGCCUCUGGAGCGUCUCCCCUGUUUCUGUGUCGGCCUUCUUCGCCUGCGCUUCUUGAGGCUCAACUGUCUCUCUUGUCCCUUCUGCACUGCCUCGUGGAGAAUGCAUUUGUCGCCUUGGUGUUGCCUCACUCCUUCGAGAGUCUCAGGCGACACUCGGCGCAUUUCCAGCGCGUCUGCGCACCCUCGAUGUCGCCUUUCUGUCCGUUUCUGGAGGCCGUCCUCGCCGCGCUUCGCCAGGCUCUCGACCGCGCGAGACCGGCGCCCGGCGCCUGCUUUGGGCUCCACCUUUGGGGCUGCACAGCAGGCGGUGGCGCCUCGGCUGUCUCGUCCCUCGAUGGCGACGCUGUCGGCAGGACUCUCGCUCUCACCAAGGCUCGCCUGAGCUCCCAGUUUUCGCUCCCGUCGCCUCUCCUCGCCCAAGCUAUUGUCGACCUCUACCGGGCGAUUCUGCGAGCAGUCGCUCGCCGUCCGUUCUCGUCGUCUUUCGCGCCUUUCGCCUCCCCUUGUGUUUCCUGCUCCGACGCCGCCUGUGGACCCCGGCUGAGUCUCCUGCGGCGAGCGCGGCGGGGAGUGAACUGGAAUGCCUACCAGGUUUGUUCACUUUACGAAACUGUCUUUCGCUCUCGUUUGCUUUCGUGGAAAGCGGCGCUCUUCCCCGUGGCGCUGUCCAUCGGGGCGUUCUCCUCACUUCUUCUCGACCUUCUUCGCUGUGCAAGUGCGCGCCUUACCGACGUCGAGUACAUCGAGGUCGCGGUCUCCUGCGUGAGGGGUUUGUCUGCUCUCCCUCCUCUCUUUCUUCUUCUGGAGGCAAACUGGAUUCUCCUCGCUUCUCUUGAGUCGCUCUGUCCCUCGCUGCGCUCUCGAUCCAACCUCGCGGAAGUCGUCGCCUUCUUGUCGCGCAGCGAAAGGAGAUACGCUUUUGGGUCCGAGGCGGAGCCCCAAGCCGCCACUGUCCCUGUCGGUCGAGCGCAGCCCCCGAGCCUUGAGAGACAGACGGAGACACUUGUGGGAGGAGGGUGUGCGAAGAGCGUGAAGGGAGGCCGAAAACAAACCAAGGCCGGAGGCGACGAAAAAGGGGAGAAGUUCCAUCUUGGUUGUCCUGAGAAUCCGUCUGAGAUGCGAGACACAAACGAGGAAAGGUUUCCUCCUCAUGCCGCCUCGGCUCGUGGCGAACCGGACAGAAAGGAAGGAGGCGACGGAGACUCCAGUCCAAAGUUUAACGAGCGAUGUAAUCCAGCGAUCAAUACAGAAUGCGGUCGAGACUUCCAUCCAGAACAGAGUAGCGAUAUCCGAGAAGGCCGGAUCCCCAAGCCGGUCGGCCUCCAUGGCGGCGGCGCAGAAGCUCUAGGGACCUUCGAUCCCGAAGGGCGCCGAGGCCGAGGGAGAGGGUCGCCGCAGCUUGGCGAACGUCGAAACGGAGACGGCCCCGUAGCGGAAGGAAACUCUUUCUGGAGAGUCGAAGAACGCGAAGAAGGCUGUGGGGUAGGGGGGUUCUCGCCCGCUGAGCUCUCACCUUCGUCCUCAUGGCUUUCUGCGAGUCUUCCAGGCGCAGCUCUCUGCGUUUCGUGUCUAGAGGUUUUCGCCGCCUCGCCUUCCUUUCGAGGAGACGGGAGCGCUGAGUCUGAUCUCUUUGACCGGGACGGGUCGAUACGAGAGUUAAGGGAGCCGUGCUUGAGCGUUCGUUCCUCUGUUGUCUCGCGGCUCCGACAGACAGCGACAGAGACUGCAAAGAGUUCUCUCGAGGUCAGCAUCGAACUCUUAAAACGCUACUUUCGUAUGUUUGACACGCUCCUGCUCGACGAGGAAGACGGCGGUGGCUUCGUCUUUGCACAAGACGAGAGACCGCGUGGAGUGCGGCAACCAGGCCGACGCCACUCUGGGGUUGCCCUAGUCAUUCAGAUUGUUCGCCUUCUGGGCGCCUUGGCCGAGAGUCCGAACUCCGCCUCUCUCCUUUUGUCCUCCAGCAAUUCCACCGCGCCUCUUCUUCUCUCGCUUCUCUUCUCGCUUCUCCUCCCGUUCUGCCAGCUCGCGCCUGCUGAAGAGAAGACGCUGCUAGGCCACAGAUCGACGUCCUUCGCGUUUGCGCUGUACCCCUCUCGGGCCUCGAGCCCGAAGCCAAAGAGACAGCAAAAGAGAGACACCCCACACCCACAGAGACGGUCGCCGGUCUCCUUCUCAUCUAAUGUCUCUUUUACUCGGAGACAUCCCCCUUGCUCUUUCGCCCACGGCUGGUGCACUCCCAGGAGCGUCACGAGCAACCAGCGACCGCGGCUUCGCGAACGAGCACAAGGAGACACACGGGGACGGAGGCAGGAGACGUUUUGCGCUGGAGAAGAAAUGACAGAGACGGUGGGCGCGCCCUCGCCUGGGCGGCGUCUCCCCGUCUCCGCCUUCGAUCCAGCGUCUAGUCCCAGUGAUCGCGCCUGCAGAGCAAACGAGGCCCGACGAGACUUUCCUUUGUCGCCACCAAACACCCCCGUGAGGGCGGACACAAACAGGAGAGACAAGGUGGAAGCAGGACGAGGCGGAAGUAAAGGCAGAAACGCAGAUUCAAGGUGCGAGGGGGGAACAGCUGAAGAAGGACAUGCCAUUCGCUGCUGCAUUUGUUAUCGCCGAGUUUCUCUCCUCGGCCUCGCGUCGGCAGAAAACAGAUGGCGAGCCUUGAGGAUUCUUGGAGUUGACGGAGACACUGCGGCGCUUGUCUGUUCACGGUCUCGUGAAAUAUGCGAGCCCGGAGAGGCACCGAGAAAGCCGCUGCUGCGCGGACGCUCCAGUCAGAUUUCGCGUUUGUCUUCGAGCUGCUGCGAGCCAGUGGUGGAGGAAAGUCGCAGGGGCCGCCGGGUCGCCGGAGGCGGCAAAGGCGAAGAACAAGGAGAGGAAAAAGGCAGAGCAGAAGGAAAAGGAGACAGCUGUCAAGCGGCAACCUGGAUCCUUGCGCGCCGUACCAGACCGGCUUCGGAGACAGCGAGAAGGCAAAGCGAGGGAAAAAGCGCGGAAGGAAGAGAGGCACAAAGACGGAGGAGAAGAGACAGAAGAAGAGAGAGAAGAAUUCCAGUGCAUGGAGGGCUCAUUGACUGUCCACGGGAUGAAGCAGAGAGUGAAGAGGAGGAAGUCGAAUCGAUACGCACAGCGGUCACCAAGUUUAUUCGUGCUCUGGAGAGACCCCCCAGGCGCGGCAUCGGCGUUGAGUGGACAAACUCUCUUUCCUUCUUUGUUCAUUCGAGUCCGUCGUUCUCUCCUGCUUGUCUUGUGGCUGGACCUGCAAAGGCUUCGGCGCGUCACACGCGCAUCUCUUCGUUUUCUGCGCCCCAGUCUCCUCUCUCCUCCUCCUGCCGUUUUGUCUCCACUUUCUCUCUCUCACCCUCUCUACCGGCCUGUUCUCGGUCCUUUGCAUCCUCGCCCUCCUUGGUGGGUUGCGCGGAGGAGGCGGAAAGCCUUCGGCAUUCUCGGAGUUCGACGCGAGACAUGCGCGCUUCGUCGCCGGCGAACGAGAGACAGGGUGGCGAAGCAGAACGCCGUCGGCACCUUCCUAGAAAGCCAGCGGGCGACACCAGCGACCUCGAACGCGCAGGCGGCUGCUCGUCUCGCUCGCGUUCUUCUUCCUCCUGCAGCGAGACAGCCAGCGACACAGAAAUCGACGGCGGAGGAGACGGAGAAGAGGGAGAGGAAGGCGGAGAAGCAGACGAAGAAGAAGAGACAGAAGCCGACGAAGCAGAAGAGACAGAAGCAGACGAAGCAGAAGAGACAGAAGCAGACGAAGAAGAAGAGCUCCGGAGGAGUUUAGGGACUGCAGCCGCAGUGGUUGAAGCAGCUACGUCGGUGAUUCAGUUGGGCGAGAUGAGGAAGCGAGAAGGAGCUGCGAGGUGGUGGAAGCUGGUUGAGGUCGCCCUGUGGGCGAUUGGCGCUGUCUCCAACACUCUCGCACGCAUUUCUGCCUUUUCGUCUCCUUCUCCUUGCUCGCCUCUGCCCUGCGACACUGGCGGAGACGCUUCCCAGGGAGGCGCCGUGGAUCCUUGGAUGCAAAGUCGAAAGGCGAUAGAAGAAGAAAUCUGGAGUCGCGACUCGAGUCUUUCUGUCGACCGCGUCGUCAAGACUCUCGCCCAGAUUCUCACAGCUCCUGGACAAGCUCCAGAAGCGAGGCGACCGCAAGACCGAGCGAGACGCGAAUCUCCGACAGCGGAAGGCCAGCCGAGGAGCCAGGUGUCUCCGCGAGGCGAAGAGGAUGGAGAAGUAGGAAAGAGCAGCGACCUAACUGAGGGACCAAGGUGGCCUAGCAGAGAGCUGGGGCUUGGCGGCCAGAGAGGAGACCCCACAGUCCACUCCGACAGCGACAAAGAAGGAGAAGGAGACAUGCCGCUUCUGAAGGGAAGGGCCCUCAUUGUGGCCAAAGACCUCGCGACUUACUUGGUCACUCACUAUGGCGCCGAAGAACUGCAUGCGCUCGCUCGCUUGGCUUCUCGCAGUUGCACAGACCAUCACCAGCAUCCGGUCGUUAGACUAUGUAGCUUCGUCGCUUUUGAAGGUUUUCUCGCUGCGCUCAAGCGGCGCGCUUCUGGCGAGGUGGCGCUCGAGUUUGAGAUUUCCGCCGUGAUUGAAGACGCACAUGAUCUCCUCCCGCUGCUCUCCGCCUCCACUUGCACGGAGUUCCUGCGUCUCCUGCUGCGGAUCUUGAGGCUCUGCCCCAUCGCCUCGGGCGUCUACUCCCCGCCUCACAUACAGCGCCUGAUUUGCACCGCCUGGGCGAAGGCGCUGCAUGUGCCGCAGCUGAACGGCGGCUUCCAGGCGCUUCUCAGUGCAUGCGUCGCCCGCGAGACGGGGAGCGCGAACAACGCAAAUGACGUCAGCUCUGCAAUCCAGCAGCGAUUGGUGGCUUCGCUGUGUGUCCUGUUGGAAGCGCAUCGUCUGAGUUUGGCGGCGAAACAGACUGCCCUGCAGCGCGAUUCUCUCCAUCUUUCUUUUCCGGCCUCGAUGGACGCCCGCCCCGCUUUCGCUUCUCCCCCCGCCUCUGCCCACGUUGCAUGCAUGUGCGCAGAGGCCCUGCGGACUUUCUUCGCCUCCCAGCCUCUCCCGUCCUGCGUCUUUGGCCGAGAUCACCUCCUCACCCGCGAGUCUCCUCCGUGUCUCUCUCUUCCUGCCGGCGCUCUGGGGGCUUCUUCGCCAGCGGCCGCGCAAGCAGAGACAGGCGUCUCCUGCCGUGGGCCUCCGGACGGAUCGAUGCGACGCAUGCAGCAGGAAAGACUGAAAAAACGAGAGGAGAAAGAUGACGACUUCUGGGGUUCCGGGACCGGCCCCGCGUCGCCCGGCCGCCCCCCAAAUGCGUCUCGCGGCCUGUGUGCCGAGAGGGGCGACGGCGAGGGAGACAGAAGGUCCGACGGCGAGAAGGCGCCGUGUGUGGAGACUCAGUCGCAGUUUCCUUCUCACUUGUCGAAGGGGGAGGAAGCUGGUCAUGACAGUAAGAUCCAGGAGGGAGAAACAGAGCGACAAGAGCCAGCGGAAGAUGCAGGGAUCGCCCCUCUCGUGCCGCCGCUGUGGGAUGGCAUCCGAGAGCUCUGCGCGGUUUGCAUGAUGACAGAAGACGACGAACUGCUUCGGCUCGCAGCGGAGUGCAUUGCUGUCUUUCUUCUCCACACCCACGCACCACUGCCGGUCUCUUCGCCGCGCGCUGUUGGCUUCUUCUCAGCCUCUCCCUUCGCUUGGCUUUUUCGCGACGAGUUGAGCGCCGCAGAUCCGAACUCAGGGCAUGACGACUCCUGUCAGAGCGGAAGGCCGCCUCAGAUGGAGCUGAUGCCUCCUCGGUGUCCAGACGCCGAGCCCCGCCCGUCGGCUUCUUUCGCGGCGUCUGAGUGCGACGUGUCUGGAGCAGGUUCGGGGCCUUUCAACUGCUGUGUACCCCAACUGUCUCGCGCAGAAAGGGAACGAAGAGAAAUGACGGAGGCUCUGCUGUUUCCGUUUGUUCUUCCAGUUGCAGGGCGUCUCCUGAACGACAGGACGUUGGACGCCGCAGCCGCGCCGCAGUUGGCGGGGCUCUGGGAGACAAUUUUUUUCUGUUUUUUCUUCGACAAGAAGCUGCUUUUCCCGUCGCAUCUGCAGGAGCUCCUCGUCCUUCUCGUGCGACGGCAGGCGGCGCUGCGAGACGAGGCAGACGAGCCUCAGGAGUCCAGGUUAGCGGAAAUCAAGGCUCAGGCGCAACGCGCCGAGCUUCUCACUGGCACCUGCUGGUUGACGCUCUUCGAAGCUCCGACGCUGCUGCGUCUUCUGUCCACGACUCCUCUCGCCGAGGCCGAGAUGUCGCAGCUAGGCCAAGGCGCCAAUGCAUGCGGGCAUUCGCAAGAAGCCAACGGGGCGGCAGCUCCGGGCGAGGGGCCGGGGCGCGGAAACGAAGAGCGCAGCGGAAGAUUCGCGGGCAACGAGGAAAUGGAUCAAAAGAAGAGUGCUGGAGAGGAUGCCGGAGACGCGUGCGUCCUCCCAAAGUCUCGCGAGCCGGAGAGCGAACAGAGGCAGGACUCCCGAGAAGAAGACCACUGUGGCAUGCAUCCAUUUGGAGAGGCGCGGCGAGAAGAACGAAUCCCCGUGUCUCGCAGUGGCGCAAAUCCCCACCCAGAGCAGCGCGAGGACGGGGCGUCACGCGUUUCAUUUCAGAAGGGGGAAGCCUCGGAUGCGGCGCCGAAGUCGCCUUCGAUGUUAGCCGCUCUUCUUGUCGAAGUCGUCUGGGCUCUGCGGCAGCUGCGGCCGCCCUCAGAGGAAGAGAGACGAUGGAGCAGAGGAGGCCGAGGUCUGCUGGGAGAGCAGCGCGGGGGGGCGCGGCACAGCGCGAGGCUGAGGAGGAACGGCCUGAUACAGCGAGAAAGCCGGAAAGGGGACUCGGAGGUGGAGGAGCCGUCAGACGCGAGCCUUCUCAACUCCCCCCACCUCAUCAGAUUGCAGUUCACCCGGAAUGUCCUUGUCGCUUUCGUCUGUUCGCUUCUGUCACACUGGGAUACAUCGGACGCGCCUCUUGAGUUUUGUCUCCCCUACCACAGCAAACGUCGUCCCCCUGCAGCGCCGGACGCGCCGGCUGCCUGCUCCCGCGCAGAGGCGUCGAGCAACAUGCCGCCACCGACCCCUGCCUCUCGACCUUCUUCUGGCGACGCGGCUUGUGUUUGUGGCCUGCGACGGAUACCGAGACGCGAGCAGGGCCAGACCGCCAACGCCCCAGAGCCUUGGAACCCGAGAGAUCCGGGCGGCUCCAGUGUGGCAACUGAGCUCUUAGGUCACGUUCUUCGCCUCUCAGUUCCCUUGGAGACCCUUUGGCAAGCUGCAGUCUAUGCAGAUCAGACGCUUCGUCUGCCAAAGCCGGUGCAUGCAGCAUCUGCCUGCCUGCCUUCCCGACAGAGAUCCCGGAGCUUGGAGAACAUUUCGCUUGCUUCUGUCCUCCCAGACGUCGAAGCCGGAAGCCCAGACACUCGAGUAGGUCGCUCAGUCUCGGGGGUAUACAGUCUGCAGGUUCAUCCCGUUGGCGGCACGACAGAACUCCAGCGAGAGCCCAACGGCCCGCGCGACGCCGCCUUGGCCGGCAGGUUCGAUCUACACCCUCCCAGCUUGCGCCAGGGCCCCUUCGUGCAAGCAGCAGCGAGCAAGGAGCUUUGGCGUGGAGCUGAGCAGCUGGAAGACCGUUUCCUUGGCUCGUUUGUCUCCCCAUCUCAGCUCGACGACGCAUGGGAACCUAGUCGAAUGCAUGAUGACUCAAGGGGUUUUUCUGGAGCUCCUCGACGUAGUCGAGACACACUCUCCUGGGUCGACCGACAUGCCCCCUCGUGCCCUAGAGGCGUUGAAUGCCAACACGGGGAAGUCUGCCCUUUCCUUUCGCAGACGCCAGCGCCGGAGUUGGGAACGUCACCGUUUUGCAUGCAUCCGAGACAUACAGUUGAAGAAAGCGAAGGAAUCGGGAUGUCCGGGAUUGGAGAGCAGGGCUUGCCUUCCGGCGCCAGGGUCGCUGCAACGUCGUCGCAAGCUCAGGUCGGCACCGAGCGCAGACGCAGCACACACGAAGCUCUCGCGCCGUUACCUCAACCAGUCACGGACUUCCUCUUUGAGGUUCUCCUGGCGUUUCACAAAGGAGACAAGUGUCCUCCUCAUGGGAGGCGGCCGGGGGGUCGGCGAGCGGUACGCCGCAAGCGACCCAGCAGCUGUCCGGUGUGCACACACGAGAGAAAAAGCGAACCGUGGGAUGUCGUCAGAGUGCAGUCGAGCAUGGGGAGCGAUCUGGACCUCGAUGAGGGAGACAACCGGGUGUCGAGUGUCCGUCUCUCACUCAACGAAAAAACAGGCUCGCCCGGCAACCUUGAUUGCACAGAGUCCAGUCGGUGCAGUGUGUUUGACCAGCGACGAGCGCUCGACCCCCUAUUCCUUGUUCCAUGUGAAAUGCGCGUCUUUGCCUUUCUUCGCGAGCUCGUGGAACGCGCCAAGAGGGCCAGUUCCAAGAGACCGGAGACAGGUGUCUCCGGCGGACGUGUGGGUUCUCUUUGGGCAGGCCUCGACUGGCGGCUUCAGGAGCUUAUCCUUCAUCUAUUUGCGCCUGCGCGACCUACUGAGGCGCGCUCUGCGGGUUUGCAGGAGUCAGCGGAACAGCGUUCGGUACAACUCGGUGCGUGUGAUCCUUUAGUCGUCGGAGAUGAAGACAGACACAGUGUUUUCAGGCGGUCUCCCCUUCUGCAGAAUACCGCCGAUCUUACAGGCACGAAAAGUCAAGGGGAGCGCCACGAUGCGCGGGGCGACGAGCUGUGCACUGCGCCUCGCAGAGGUGGAAGUGGAGAAUCUGAGUCGUCUGUGGAGACUGUCUGGACUUCCGUUUAUGGGAUUGAUUGUGGAAGAGAGCAACAUGCCUCCUCCAGUCUCCAGCCACUGCAGGACGGUGCAGGUCUGCUGGGCUGUCGCGAUGAAAGAUUGGGGAAGAGAGACUCGAGCAUCGGGCAGGGACCCCCAGCGGCCACGCAGGCGCAAGACCCCGAGGAACGUGGAGCACAGAGACGUGCAGAGCAUGCACAGCUCUCGGAGCCUUUCGAGGCUCCUUCACAGGCUCUGUCGAGCCACGGGAGGCCAGAACAGGUGUGGGACCGACGUUAUGGCCAAAGCACUGACAGGGGAGUCAGCGUUGGACGAUCGGGUGCAGCCCGAGGCGGUCUGCAGGGGCCAGGCACGGCUCCGUUUGCGCCGGACGAAGACGAAGACGAGGAACUGGCGAUGAAAUGCGACUAGGUGUGGGAGUCAUACCUCACCGAGGAACAGGGCAGGGGAACAUUAGGAAACCCACAUUUUC